GCGCCGGCGACGAAGCUGAGAGGCGGCGGGAAUCUGGGCGGGGGUCUCGCUCUGUGCUGACCGCGAGCCGGGUCGGAGUGGGCUAUGGAGGAGCCCGGCUCGUUGGUCACGGGAGACCGCGCCGGUGGCCGGAGCUGGUGCUUGCGGCGGGUAGGGAUGAACGCGGAGUGGCUGCUGCUGGAGGACGGAAACGAGGUGACUAUAGGGCGAGGAUUUGGUGUCACAUACCAACUGGUAUCAAAAAUCUGCCCUCUGAUGAUUUCCCGAAACCACUGUGUUUUGAAGCAGAAUGUCGAGGGCCAGUGGACAAUUAUGGACAACAAGAGUCUGAAUGGUGUUUGGCUGAACAGAGAACGUCUAGAACCUUUAAAGGUCUAUUCUAUCCAUAAGGGAGACCACAUCCAGCUCGGGGUACCUCUGGAGAAUAAGGAGAAUGCAGAGUAUGAAUAUGAAGUUACUGAAGAAGACCGGGAGAGGAUGUAUCCUUGUCUUGCCCCAAAGAAUGACCAGAUGACGGGAAAAAAUAGGGGAUUGAGAACUAAAAGGAAAUUUAGUUUGGAUGAAUUGGAGGGUUCUGGAGCUGAAGGCCCCUCAAAUUUGAAAUCCAAAAUAAAUAAAGUGUCUUGUGAACUUGGUCAACCAGUGAAGUCUCAUGGGAAAGGUGAAGUGGCCAGUCAACUCUCCGAAUAUCUGGAUCCUAAGUUGACUUCUCUUGAGCCGAGGAAGAAGGCCACAGAGGCUCAUGUUCACCCUGGCUCCGCAAAAGUCAUAGAGCUUCAUCCUAAGAAGCAGAAAGCCUCAAACCCGUCAGCAUCUCAAAGCAGCUUAGAGCUAGUCAGGGUGACCAUGUCCAGGAUUCUGAAGCUGAAAAUACAAAUGCAGGAAAAACAGGUAGCUGUCUUGAAGGUGAAAAAGCAGACCCAAAAAGGGAACUCAAACAGAAUUGUGAAAAUGGAGCAGGAGCUGCAGGACUUACAGUCCCAGCUGUGUGCAGAGCAGGCCCAGCAGCAGGCCAGAGUGGAGCAGCUAGAGAAGACUUUCCAGGAAGAGGAGCAGCAUCUCCAGGUACCACACAGGAGGAAAGGACGCCAGUGCUCCUCAGGGAUGGGCAGGCCCUUGGGUUUGGAGAAGGAGCAAGGAGAAGAGGACCUGAAGCAACAGUUGGCCCAGGCUCUGCAGGAGCAUCGGGCUCUAAUGGAAGAACUAAAUCGCAGCAAGAAGGACUUUGAAGCAGUCAUUCAAGCCAAGAACAAAGAAUUGGAACAGACCAAGGAAGAGAAGGAGAAGGUGCAAGCACAGAAGGAGGAAGUGCUUAGCCACGUGAAUGACGUGCUAGAGAAUGAGCUCCAGUGUAUUAUUUGCUCAGAAUACUUCAUUGAGGCUGUCACCUUGAACUGUGCCCACAGUUUCUGCUCCUACUGUAUCAAUGAGUGGAUGAAGCGGAAGGUAGAAUGCCCCAUUUGUCGGAAGGACAUCAAGUCCAAAACUCACUCCCUGGUUCUGGACAAUUGCAUUAAUAAGAUGGUAGAUAAUCUGAGCUCAGAAGUGAAAGAACGACGAAUGGUCCUCAUUAGGGAACGAAAAGCAAAGAGACUGUCCUGAAGACCACGCUCCAGGGGCGUUCGAGGGACUGCCAGGCAGUGGAAGCUUGGGAGGGUCUGGAGGAUUAUCUGUGGACAGGUCUUGGGCCUCUCUCAGAUGGCGCUCAGGACGGAGCCCCGUGGGACAGAGACUGAGAGCGAGUCCCCUGCACGACCGAUGUUGGCUAGCCGUGCUGCCACCACGAGGGCUGCUUCCGGGGACUUGAGAGACUCUGCUUCCCUGUGUGGUGAAUGGGUUAUGUAUUUCUGUUCUGCUUUUUAACUUGAUUGUUUCUGUUAGCGUUUUGGUACCUCAGAAGCCCCUCAGUUGACAUUUGUUUUGGACAGGUUGGGGUACCCCUACGGCUGACUCUAAAAGCUAAGGCAGCCUCUCUUGGAGAGGAUGGUCUACCUCUUUGUGAAAACAAGAUGUCAUUUCCUGGAAAUAAAAUGUAAAGCCUAUCAGUUGCUCAGCUGGG